AUCCCAAAGCUAAACCUCCUCCACAUCGAUUACCCCUUCCAUAGGAGCAGGUUAUCCGCCGAAGCAGUCGCCUCGCUGCUCCGCCCCGCCGCGCGUCUUGACCCGGUCGAUCUCAGCAUCGUAGCUAUGGCGGACGGGACGGAUGAACCCAUCGCCGUCGAGGUGCCUUCCUUUGCCCGCGCAACAUCGAUCAGGCUGCAUGUUCUCAACCUCCACCUGACACCACCGGCGCAAGGCGGUGAUUUCCCGGUGCUAGAGAUGCUUUCAAUUGUUGCUAGCGGCUUCGAUAUCGGCCCCCUGAUCUCACGAUGCUCAUGCCUGCGGGUGCUAGAGGUGGUGGCUUAUGAUCGGGUUGUCCACACCAUCACGGUCCACUCGGUGACCAUCGAGGAGCUUCUUGUGACCGGUGAUGGGUGGCUCCGUGGUCUUGACAUCGUGGCACCAAUGCUGAAGAAAUUCACCUUGCGUGAGUCCGUGGACAAGGAUUUCGUCAUGUCAUUGUUCGCACCUAAGGUGGAGAAUCUUUCGUGGAGUUGUUCGGUUUGCUUUUAUCCUGAAACUGUAGUGAUUGAUGCGUCUGGGAUGUGGAGGCUGGAUAUACUGAAGUUAGAGACUCAGGAGAGCGGCUUUGUGCUAAGUUUGCAUAAUUCUGCAACACAUACGCGAAACUUGCAAGAAAUGUUCCAGCUUCCUAACAUUUCUGUUUUGGAGCUAAAAGUCAAAACAAGCAAUGGUGUUGAAUCUACUGAGGAUUUGUAAUGCUACACGAAAGCUUAAGGUGGCCAUUGAUCAUCGUGCGAUUUUGAAGAGGAAUGGUGAUGAAACAUGCCCUCCAGACUGCCUUUGCAAUGAACCACAAAAUUGGAGAAGUCAGAAUGUCUCCUUGAGCCUUCAAGAAGUAGAAAUAGUAAAUUUCAAAGGAAGCAGCUAUGAAGUUGAUUUCUUGAAGAUUUUGUUCAGAUGUGCUCCCCUGAUGAAUGUGACCUUGAGACUGGCCUCCAAGGUUUCACCAAGCAGCCAAGGAUGCGAGGAAACCUACAAGAUUUUCAAGGCGAAUCCAACUGCAGAAUGUCAUGUUUAUUGCAUAGGUGGCAAGGAGGUUAUCUACGCAUGACUGCCAUAUGCUUCUAGACGAUGCAGCUGGGGAUGAUUUCCUUGCUUUUGUCUUACCAUCAGAACUAAGUGUGUUAUCCGUUGUCAUUGAUAACGUAGCCGUCAUGUUUUGCUGAGGAUUCGUGUCAACUCCGAAGACUUGUUUCCUGUCGUGGCCACCGGAAUGAAUCGCCAGAUUGUUGGUCUAGCCUAAAUGCCUAAUCGUUUACCUGAAUAUGCUAGAUUAACUCUAUCUGAACCUGUAUGCUUCUUUGGUUGAAUAUUACCUAGAUGCUACCGAUGGCACAUAUUAUGGAUUA